AUGAAGGUUGUGCCUUCUCCUCAGUCCCUCCGCUAUCUGCGGCAGCUCGUGCGGCCCACUGCAGCCCCCCCCGUUACCAUCCAGCCAUUCCUCUCUGCGCACCGGUCGCGGCGUCACUUCCACCACUCGCCGAAUCUACUGAGAACAGAGACGCAUAUACUCAGUGACAUUGGCGAAGGUGUCAAGGAAGUACAAAUAAUACAGUGGUUCGUGGAAGAGGGUGCCCAGAUCGAGGAAUGGGGCCCGCUGUGCGAGGUGCAGAGCGACAAAGCUGCCGUGGAGAUCACCAGCAAGUAUACGGGCGUUAUCAAGAAACUGUAUUUCCCAAGAGAUGCUGUAGUGCAGGUUGGUGACGCGAUGGUGGACAUCGAGGUAGAGGGCGAGGAUGAGCCGGCCAUGGAAGAGUCCUCGGACAAACCUCAGGUUGAGGAGAUUGACCAGCCAGCCGAGGAGACGCAGUCACAGGAAUCAAAACCGCAAGAACAGGGACAGUCGAUAGAGGUCGAAGCUGAGACCCCUAGGCCGAAGGGCAAACACGGUUCCCUUGCGACCCCGGCUGUGCGCGGCAUGCUCAAGGAGCACAGUCUUAAGAUCGAAGACAUACACGGCACCGGCAAAGAUGGUCGGGUCAUGAAGGAGGAUGUGCUCAAACAUGUCGAAAACAAGUCCUCCUCGACCAGCACCUCUCCUCCAUCCACCUCAACUCCACGGCCAGUCGCCGGCCCACAGUCGGAAACAGCUCAAUCGCUAACCCCGAUACAAUCUGCCAUGUUCAAGUCUAUGACAGCAUCUCUAAACAUCCCCCACUUCCUCUACACCGACACGGUGAAUUUUACCGCCCUUUCAGCACUCCGAAAGCAACUCAACGCCUCUCGCUCACCGGACACACCCAAACUCAGCUACAUGCCUUUCAUUGUCAAGGCCGUCUCACUGGCACUGAAUAAGUACCCUCUUCUCAAUGCCCGCCUCGACACCUCUGGAGGCCGUCCUCAGCUCCAGAUGCGCAGUCAGCACAACGUCAGCGUCGCAGUUGACACCCCCAACGGCCUGAUGGUGCCUGUCGUCCAUUCCACGCAGACUUUAUCCAUAGGCCAGAUCGCCGGAGCGCUCCGAGAACUCUCACAAAAGGGGCAAAACAACAAGCUCUCCUCCGCAGAUCUGAGCGGAGGCACCAUCACAGUGAGCAACGUCGGUAGCAUCGGCGGCGAAGUGGUCGCGCCGGUGCUCGUCGAGGGUCAACUGGCAAUCUGCGGUGUGGGCAAGAUCAAGACCGUACCCGUAUUCAACGACCAAGGUGAACUCGAGCGCGCCGAGGUCGUCAAGGUUAGCUGGAGCGCCGACCACCGCGUUGUGGACGGGGCGACGAUGGCGCGCGUUGCCGAGGUAGUGCGUGGGUACCUGGAGCAGCCGGGGUCGAUGGUUCUGGAUAUGGUCUGA